ACCGCUCAGUCCGUCCCGCCCCGACCCCGCCCCCGCCCCCGCCCCCGCAGGUCGUAGCCACCGCCGCGGCGCCAUGGCCUCCGUCACCUCCUGCUCUUCCACCGUCUUCACCUCCUCCUCCUCCAUACCCUACCGAACAAGGACGCCUCUUCCAUCUCUCCGCCCGCCGCCGCGUCUCGCCAGCCUUCCCGGGCGACCGGUGCUGAGGUGCCCAGCUAAGCGCGACCCGGGCGAGGCGCCGCCGCUGCUUGGAGCUCCUGUGGUUUGUGACGAGAGAGAGGCACCGGAGCCGGCAGGUACGGACAGUGGCGGGCUCGCGCCGUCCGAUCCGAAAUGGGGGCUCGCGUUCGCGGCGGCGGCGGGGGUGCUCAUGAUCCAGGGGUCGCAGCAGGCGCUGGCCGGCACGCAGUUCAUGGGCCUGCAGCCGCCGGCGGACCUGCUGGGGGAUCUCGGGGACAUCAGUACAGGUUUUGCUUCAGCUUUUCUGCUGAUUUUCUUUUCUGAGCUAGGAGACAGGACGUUUUUCAUUGCGGCACUUUUAGCAGCUAGAAAUUCUGGAGGAGUCAUUUUUCUUGGCACAUUUGGAGCACUUGCGGUAAUGACAGUUAUAUCUGUAGUUCUUGGUCGAGCAUUUCACUACGUUGAUGGCGUCCUUCCAUUCAGUUUUGGCGGUACAGAUUUCCCAAUUGAUGACAUUCUUGCUGUGUGUCUCUUGGUAUACUAUGGAGUUACUACAUUACUUGAUGCGGCUUCAGGUGAUGGAGAAAAGAUGAAUGAGGAGCAAGAGGAGGCUGAGAUAGCAGUUUCGAAGUUUUCUGGAAAUGGCGCAGGAUUAGUGUCUGUCGCCAGUACUCUUGCUAGCACAUUUGUUUUGGUUUUUGUUGCUGAAUGGGGUGAUAAAUCAUUUUUCUCAACAAUUGCACUUGCUGCGGCUUCAUCCCCUCCGGGUGUCAUUGCAGGAUCGCUUGCUGGUCAUGGUGUUGCAACAUUGAUUGCAGUUCUUGGUGGUUCUUUGCUGGGGACAUUCCUAUCUGAAAAGAUUAUAGCAUACAUCGGAGGGAGCCUUUUUUUAGCAUUUGCCGCUGUGACACUAGUUGAAAUCGCGACUUCAUGACUUGAGAGGGGACCCAAGAUUCGCCGACAUGGUACAUAACAGGAAAUUUACUGUUGAUAUGGGAACACCAUAACAUGCAUUGGAUGAUUUGUUGUUGCUGACGAGAAUUUCUGCCUCCUUUUCCACGGCAUCCCUUUAUCAGCAUGAUUGGUACUGAGACUCAGAGCAUGUGGAAACCUCAAGUCCAAAGAGCACUUUUUUUUACCUGUAGAUGUCAUUUGGUAUUGGACCUGGGACAAAGAGCUGUAGAUGGCAUGUAGCCUUUUUUCUUACCCUUACCUUUUACCAAAACAUUGUUCAGGGAAAGCACCACUGAUUUGUUCAACAGUCAAAGCACCGUGUAGUCAUUACAGAAAGUCUAUGGCACUGUGCUGAACUGUUUCAGUCUAGCACAGCAUUGUACUACAGCAUUUGGCCUUCCUACAGUGCGAAGGUGAUAAUUGUUGCGUGUUGCGAGGAGUCA